AUGAUUUCUCAGUUGGGUUCAGAUGGCUUCUUUCUUUACCACCGCGCCAUGCUUCCAAAACCCCUUCCACAACAAAUCCCAUCUUUCAUUUCCCUCAAAGUUCGAUGCUUUCGCGCUUCUGAGCCAACCCCAGCUACCGCUCUUCCUCCUCCAAGUUCCGUUCCCUCGUCACGUUCCCUUAAACGGGUCUCUCGCCUCUUGAAGACCGAACUUCAACGCGCUCUAAUGGAUUACCUGCAUUUAACGCGCGGCUACACCUUCUCCGAUGCCGAAUACAUUAGCAAGAACUCACCUCGUUUUGUUGAAUCAUUAGUGUCAAUGAUUGACGACAAAGACGACGUUCCCCGAACGUUGCGGAAGUUCUUCAGGUACAACCCAAUUAACGAGUUCGAACCGUUUUUCGAGAGUUUGGGAAUUGGCCCUUCUGAGUUGCAUUUGUUUCUCCCCAAUGGCAUAAUUUUCUUGGCUGAUGAUCAUGUGUUGCUUGAUAAUUUCCAUUCUUUGUGUAAUUAUGGGGUGCCAAGGAAUAGAAUGGGGAAGCUCUAUAAAAAGGCAAAAUAUAUUUUUGGAUAUGCUAGUGGGCUGUUAGAGUUAAAGUUGCAAGGUUAUGAGAAUUUGGGUUUGAGUAGAUCAACUGUUGUGAAGCUUGUUGUUUGCUGCCCUUUGCUUUUGGUUGGUGAUGUCAAUUGUGAAUUUGUUGCUGUGCUGGAUUGGUUGAAGAGAAUUGGGAUUGAAAGUGAGUGGCUGGUGAAUUACUUGUCUUGUUCAAGGACAUAUAGUUGGAAAAGAAUGCUUGAUACCUUGCAGUUUCUUCAUAAAGUGGGUUAUUCUGAGGAAGGAAUCAACAAUUUGUUUAGGGGAAAUCCUAAGCUGUUGCUGGAAGGUAUUGGGAAGAAGGUGUACUUAUUUUUUGGUCGAUUGGUUAAAGUUGGCGUUGAGAUGCAUGUGAUUUAUUCUUAUUUAGUGGACUAUCCCAAUAUCUUGUCAUAUAAGUGUGCGAAAAAUAUGUUGAGCGUGAUUUGCUUUUUGUGUGCUAUUGGAAUGGGAAAAGAUGACAUUACUCAUAUUUUCUCUAAGUACUUGCAUCUCUUGAGUACAAGUUCCUUGAAAGGUCAUAAAACCGUUUGUCAGGAGUUAAAAGUUGGAAAAGCUGAUUUGUGCCAAAUCAUACAGGAUGAUCCAUUGAAGCUAAUUAGCUUCGCAUCAAAGCAGGAAAAAAAGGGCGAUGGAAAGGUAGAUAGUCACGACCCACGAAAUUAUUUGAAAAAAACAACUUUCUUGCUGAAAUUGGGAUAUACUGAGAACUCUGAAGAGAUGGCAAGAGCAUUAAAAAUGUUCCGAGGGAGAGGUGAUCAAUUACAAGAGAGGUUUGAUUGCCUGGUAGAAGCGGGGUUGGACUAUAAUAGUGUGAUCGAAAUGAUAAAACGAGCUCCUAUGAUUCUAAGCCAGAACAAAGCUAUAAUUAAAAGGAAGAUUGAUUUCUUAAGAAAUGUUUUAGAUUACCCACUAGAAUGUCUCGUGGGAUUCCCAACAUACUUUUGCCAUGAUUUGGACAAAAUUGUUGAAAGGCUUUCAAUGUAUGCAUGGCUGAAGGAGAGGAAUGCAAUAAACCCUACGUUAACCUUGAGUACCAUAGUUGCAUCCAAUGAUAAACGCUUUGUAAAGUACUUUGUGAAUGUGCACCCUCAAGGUCCAGCCGUCUGGAAGGGUUUAAAAAGGUUAUCUAAUAAAGAUAAGAACUAA